AUGUCUGAAGCUGAAAAUCGUCUCGUUGGAUUAAUUUCUCAAUUAGUCUCUGAAAGUCGCUUGGCCCACACUCCUAUCUACUCUAAAUACGAUCCCUCAACCAAUUUCAAUCUUUUCCGUGUUCAAGCUGACACUACAUGGGAAAGUCUCAGGGCAUCUCUCGUUGCUACUUUUGGUGUCUCUGAUGAACGUUACAAGACUUACCUUCGUAAUGAUCUUGAAGCCUUUCGUCAAGACAGUAUGCCUUUUCAGCGGAUGAACUCUUGUCUGCGUGCUGCCGUACUUCCUAACGUCGCUUCUCUUACUUCUUGGAAGGAGAUGGCUAAUGUUGCUGCUGUCAUUGAAGAUAUAUUAUGGGUGAUAUCUCUUCGUUCUGCUCCCGCUCUUAUGGCUAAUCCUUCUUCUUUCGACUUUCCCGCUGGCCCUUCUCUUAUGGAAAUUAACGCUUUCCAACGAAAGCUAACACCCUACCAUUCGCAAGGUGAUUCUUCCAAGGGUGCAUCAGGUGCUGAUGGUACUCCUAUCUGUGGACACUGUAACAAGGUCGGUCACCUUAGCAAGAAGUGUCGUAGCCGCGAGUAUAAAUCUAUCAACAAGGUUGAACUCACCAACGAUGACAACUCCCAUGUCAUUCAACCUACGGUUAGCGUUGUGUAA